GUCACUUCCGGUUCCGUUCGUUGGCGCGGCGUGCUACUUUGGGCUUUUGUUAAAAAAAUUAAACAAUUAGGCAGUUUGCAUUUUUUCGAAAUGAGUUUGCCUUUGAAUCCGAAGCCAUUCCUCAACGGUCUGACCGGCAAGCCCGUGAUGGUCAAGCUGAAAUGGGGCAUGGAGUAUAAGGGAUACCUGGUGUCAGUGGAUGGAUACAUGAACAUGCAGUUGGCCAACACAGAGGAGUAUGUAGAUGGAGCCUUGGCAGGUCACCUUGGAGAGGUGCUCAUCAGAUGCAAUAAUGUGUUGUACAUAAGAGGUGUGGAAGAGGAGGAAGAAGAUGGUGAAAUGAGGGAAUAAAGGAGUAUCUUCCUCAUUUUCUUGACCCUGUAUACCGAGUACCUGUUGUUUUUGUAUGACUUUAAUUUUUGAUAAAUGUUUGAAGAUUAACCAGCUCUCUUUAAAUGCUUUUCUUCUACUGUGUUAAACUGUUGUGCUCCCAUUAGCACAGAAAUAAAAUUGUGCAUAUU